CUGUGUAUCUAUGAGUUCAUGACUCAUGGUCCACCUGGGUUAAACUUCUAGAAAAGCAGCAGUUCUAAGAAUGUGCCUGAAUAAGUAAAGCCAGUAUCCCAAGACUUGCUCAAUUCAGAUACCAAGCCAAGUUAUAAGGGGGUCUGGAAGGAGGAGGGUCAAGGUGAGGGCCUUUCAUUGGAGAAGUUAUCACACUCAAAACAUCUGCUGCCCCAUGUCUCACCAUUCUGUUUAAGCUGUUGUCUGAUGUAUUUUCCACCUUAAAAAUUUUAAAAAGAUGCCCCACUUUUGAGAAUGAAAUUAGGGGAAGCUACCAUUGUCCCUUGUAGAAACACAUCAAGUAGGCUUUUGUCUGAUUCCACAGCACUGUGCCUGUAUUCAACACAAAGAACCACUUUAGAAAGCCUCCAAAAGUCCUGCGCGGGUAUGAAGGGCGAGACCUUAGGCCGGCGAAUCUUAGCAGCCAGGCCGGAUGGAAAGCGCACUUCCCAGAGUGCACCAGAUUCAAGACUUCCGCCCCGCAGAGAACUUGCCUCCACCCCCACCCCCACCCCCACCCCCACCCCCACCCCCGCCCUCCACGUCCGCCCAGCUCUAGUUCUGCGCAGUCUCCUGGAAUGGUUUGCCGUCUCUAUAGCAACGCAGUACCCAGUAGCGAGUGUCGCAAGAUGGAAACCACUGACUCCACAGAGCUAUCGCCAUCGCGCUCUUUAGACGAACAGCCUAGCUCCGAAGAACUAGGGACCACUUCAGAUCCCUUGCCUUCUUUGGAUGGCCGUCAUAGGUCGGCUCUGGCAGCUGCAACUGCAGCAGCCUCAGCAGCUGCUGCAGCCACUGCAGCUGCCUCCACUGCCAAGGCAGCUGCAUUAUCUACACAGACCCCAGCGCCCUACUCAGAACGGAGCCUUCUCCUGGAGCCCUUCUCUGACAAUCUUACUGCGGCGCACCACACCACCCCCAGAUUUACCCACAAGAUAGGCCAUGGGAGACUUGGCUUUGAGCCUGUCCAGGUCUCCCAUAUUGCUCGAAAUUCCUACACUGCAAAUGAUCCUAUCUCUAGCCAAGGCCCUGUUCCUGGCUCCAGCUCUGACCCUGUUCCUGGCUCCAGCUCUGGCCCUGUUCCUGGCUCCAGCUCUAGUCCUGGUCCUGGCACCAGUUCUGGUCCUGGUGGUGGCUCUGGUCCAGGCCCUGGUGGUAGAUCUGGUGAAGGCACUGGUCCCGGUCCUGCCUCUGAUUCUAGGCAUAGUCCAGGCUGUGGCCAUGACCCUGGGUUCAGCUCCUCUGCUCCUCCAGGCUUCAGAAACCCAAGGGCAGAUCUGGUCCCUAAUUAUGCCUCCUGGAGUCACGACAGCCACUGGGAGCCUCAGAAACAACCCUGGAAAUUUUUGCAAGUAUCAGAACCUGGCACCCGAGGACACUGGAAGCCCUCUGAGGUUGAAGGGAAGAGUAAGAUACCCAGUGAAACACUGCCACGGGGCCAGUGCCUUCUCUACAACUGGGAGGAGGAGAGAGCCACCAACCACCUGGAUCAAGUCCCAAGCAUGCAAGAUGGCUCUGAGAGUUUCUUUUUCCGACAUGGACACCAGGGGCUGCUGACCUUGUGGCCACAGUCACCCAUGUCCUCCAGAACCACCCAGAAAGAUUCAUACCAGCCCCCAGGAAACCACUCUCAGCCAGUCCGAGGGAAGCGUGAAGCCAUGCUGGAGAUGUUCUUGCGCCACCAGAUCUGUAAAGAGGUGCAGGCAGAGCAGGAAGCCACAAGGAAGGACUCUGAGGUCGAGUCUGUGACACAUCAUGACUACAGAAAGGAGCUGGUGCAUGCAGGGCCUCCUACUCCAACAAGGCCUCAUGACUACCGUACUGAGCAGCCUGAAACCUUCUGGAUACAGAGGGCACCGCAGCUACCGGGCGUCAGUAACAUCAGGACGCUGGACACGCCAUUCAGGAAGAACUGCAGCUUCUCAACACCAGUGCCUUUGUCUCUAGGGCAGCCUUUGCCCUAUGAACCUGAGGAUUAUUCCCACUAAUUGGGAGAAAUAUCCUCCCCUGCCUGUCAGGGAGGAGGGCGGGGUGGUGGAGGGGAUAGAACCACUCCAGUCUAAGGGUUGAGGAGGGCAGCAGAUGUGGAUUAAAGAAUCUGUCUGAAUUCUGUCUGUACUUGGAGAAGAGGCUUUCCAUAAAAAGGGUUCUCUCUCAUCCUGAGACGGCUGAUUCACUGAUUCCGGGCAUUAGCACGUCUAUCCCAUAACCCUUCUCUGGAGUUGCCCCUAAGCCAGACUAUUUCAUCAUGACUGUUUUUGUUUGUUUUAUAUUUGGCCAAAAUAUUCUGGUUUAGAUACAGAUAUUUACAGAGGGUAGGGAGGAAGGGGACUAGGCCAGAGAGGGGCAGGAAUAUGUACAAGGCCGAGCUGCAAAGGGCAACAACUUCCAUAUAAGGUGGGGAUUUUAUACAUGUUGAUUUCCAUCUCAUGUGACAAUGUCCCUUUCUGGCAUGGAGAGAUGAUGGCCACUGCCCACCCAGGUACCAGCAGCAGGAGAUUGUCUGACUUGGGAAGAAGUGGGGCUUAUAGGAGGCCAGCAGGUCCUUUCCGCUCUCCUAGGAGCCAGUAAGUUCGCAUCUUUCCUUUGCCCUGGAAGAGGAGGAGUAGAGAUAAUUUAGAUUCUUCUGUUAUUCCCUGGAUCUCCCUCUCUUUCCCUGGGGUCCCCACCGUCACAUUCAUCCUCCCUUUCUGUGACUCCCUCCCCAUGGCCUGCCAUCACCUUCAUCUCCACAUCCCCUCGAAGCUCUAGCUGGAAGCAUCCUAGCUCAUCCAGGGCAUCUUUGGUGGUAGAGGAGACAUGAAUCUUCAGGGCUGGGGUAUCCCAGGGGGAUAAUGGAAAGAGGAAUCAAAGAAAAGGCAACUAAAGAACUGGAAGCAGCAGAGAGCGCUUUACCCGACCCCUAUCCCGCAGGAGGUUCUCAGUCUUCCCAGGACACAGGCCCUAGAACCAACAUAGGUCCAAGGGUGAGGCAGUUGGGAACGGUGGUCUCUCAGAUGGAGAGAUUUGGAGGACCUCUGAAAAGAAGAAAAGGGCAACACACAUUGAGGCCGAAGCUGGGCUCGAGGGCUAAUGUCUCACCUUGACCGUUAGACUCCAUUCGGGAAGCAGUGUUCACCGUGUCUCCAAAAAGACAAUAGCGGGGCAUCUUCAGGCCAACGACCCCAGCACAGACAGGCCCUGUGGGAAGAAACAGGUUGGGAUAGCCUGGGAAGAGCGGACAUGGGGACAGGAGCAAGAGCCAGCCUUACCCGUGUGCACCCCUAUGCGGAGCCUCAGCUGGUCGUGGGGUCGAUGGCGGAUGCGGAAGGAAGAAACUGCAUCCAGUAAUGCUAGGGCCAUACGAGCAAUUUCCGGGGCAUGGCGUUGACCAUUUCUGCCUGGGAGACCAGAUACCACCAUGUAGGCAUCUCCAAUCGUCUCUACCUGAUUGAGAGGGGAAUGAAAAAAGGUCACCUCUGGAUGUAUCGGUGAGAAUGGGCAAGAGCAGAAGGAGACAAGUUGGGUACCAAGCACUAGGAGUCAUCCUGACGGCCUGGAGGCCAAACAUUCACUAGAAAAUAAGUGCCGUGUCCUAAGAAUCUGGGAGAAGGGGAAGUCAAGGGAAUCUUUAAAUCCUCCUGCCCCAGCCCAGCACCUGGCGAGUACUCUGUAAAUGCCUGCCGAGGGGACACCUUGUCUGCAACAGGACACGGUCAGAUAGGCGCUGCUGUCAGGAAAUGGGAAGCAAGACAAUGGGCUACCCUGAAAAGCACAGAAGCUGGUGGGGAGGUCACGCAGGCCGGAUGAAAUGGGCCUCAGACAACCUCAAGUGUCAAAGGUAAGAAAGCAGGCACUUGGCUUCGUUAAUUGUACUGAAGUUGUGUAAGAGAAGGUCUUUGUUUUAGGAACUGCACUCUGACCCCUUUAAGGAUUAAAGGGACACUAGGUCUGAAACUGAGUUGCAAAAGGUUCCGAACAUUAUUAUAUGGACAGAGAUUUUUUUUUUUUUUAAUAAAGCAAAUGGGAGUUCCUGUUGUGGCUCAGUGGUUAACGAAUCCAACUAGGAACCAUGAGGUUGCAGGUUCGAUCCCUGGCCUUGCUCAGUGGGUUAAGGAUCCAGCGUUGCCGUGAGCUGUGGUGUAGGUCGCAGACACGGCUCGGAUCCCGCAUUGCUGUGGCUCUGGUGUAGGCUGGUGGCUACAGGUCUGAUUCGACCCAUAGCCUGGGAACCUCCAUAUGCCGUGGGAGCAGCCCAAGAAAUGGCAAAAAGACAAAAAAUAAAAAUAAAGCAAAUGGGGGAAAAUAUAAACAAUUGGUGAAUCCAGGCAAUGGGUUUAGGGGAGUUAUUACAAUAAUAACAGAUGGCAGAGUAAGUCAGUCCAAGGGAAGGGAUAGAAGUGGGUAUUUAUCAUCUGCAAAAUGUUAGGCACUUUCCACAAUAAAUUUAUUAUUCCCAUCACAGAGAAAACAUAUGAGGCUCAGGGAGCUUCUGUUACUUGCCCAAGGCCACACAGUUAGGCACAAAGCCAGAUCAUUUUUACUCCCAAACAUAAUAAAGCCUGCCCUGUGCCAAGUCAGUAUCUUUGACAGAAAGGUUUUACAACAGCAGCUUGUCCUUCACCCCGGUAAAUCACCCUACGCUUAUAUCCUGCAUGAUUCUUCCAUGUCUGGAGGGGAUGGAGAGAAGAGAAAAGAUGUCUAGGCUGUGCCUCUACCCCUAGGCAAGAAGUGGCAGCUAUAAUGGAAAAAAUAAAAAUCAUUAUUAAAAAAAAAAAAAAAAAAA